AUGGAGAGGCGAGGGCUGGUCCUGCUGCUGGUCCUGCCGGUCCUGCUGCUGGUCCUGCUGCUGCUGGACCGGGCUCGGGGCCAGCCGCUCCGGGACCGGGACCGGGACCGGGACCGGGACCGGCACCACCACAACCACCAGGAGGGCGAGAAGAAGGAGGAGGGCCGGGGCGGGGACGAGGAGCAGCAGCAGCAGCAGCAGCAGCAGCAGCAGCAGCGCUCCUGCCACGGAGCCUUCGACCUCUACUUCGUCCUGGACAAGUCUGGAAGUGUGAGACACCACUGGACUGAAAUUUACUCCUUUGUUGAAAGCUUGGCUGAAAAGUUCAUAAGUCCAAUGCUGCGAAUGUCUUUCAUAGUUUUCUCCUCCAGAGGAACUACGGUCAUGAAACUGACAGAAGACAGAGAAGCCAUAAGACGGGGACUAAAUAUCCUUCGUAGUGAAGUGCCUGGAGGAGAUACGUUCAUGCAUGAAGGAUUUAUAAGGGCAAAUGAGCAAAUUAGCUUUGAGAACAGUGGAGGUCUUCGGACUGCUAGUGUGAUCAUUGCCUUGACAGAUGGAGAAUUGCAAAGAGACCAAUUUUAUUACGCAGAGAAGGAAGCCGACAGAGCCCGGAGUCUCGGGGCAAUCGUUUACUGUGUGGGAGUGAAAGAUUUUAAUGAAACUCAGCUGUCAACCAUCGCCGAUAGCAUCGAUCAUGUGUUUCCUGUUACAGGGGGUUUUCAUGCCUUGAGAGGCGUCAUUGACUCAAUCCUGAAGAAAUCCUGCAUUGAAAUCCUAGCAGUGGAACCAUCCAGUGUCUGUGCGGGAGAAUCCUUCCAAGUGGUUGUUCGAGGGAAUGGCUUCUAUCAUGCAAGGAAUAUCGACCAAGUCCUCUGCAGCUUCAAGAUCAAUGACACCAUUACCAUUAAUGAGAAACCAACGGUGGUGCAAGAUACAUACCUGUUUUGUCCCGCCCCAGUUCUAGAAGAGAUUGGACAGGUGGUUUUCCUUCAGGUCAGCAUGAACAAGGGGCUCACAUUCAUCUCCAGCUCAGUCAGCAUUACAAGCACAAAAUGUCUGAGUGGGACCAUUCUCUUCAUCGCCCUGCUCAUCCUGUUCUUGCUGCUCGCACUGGCUUUCCUCUGGUGGUUCUGGCCCCUGUGCUGCACCGUGGUCAUCAAAGAACCUCCUCCUCCUCCGCCUCCACAGCCUGACUCGGAUGACGAAGAUGGAUUACCCAAAAAGAAAUGGCCGACGGUUGAUGCCUCCUAUUAUGGAGGAAGAGGGGUUGGCGGAAUUAAGAGGAUGGAGGUGAGGUGGGGUGACAAAGGCUCGACGGAGGAAGGAGCCAAACUGGAGAAACCCAAAAACGCUGUCAUCAAGUUACCGGAGCAGGAAUACGAGCCGUGGGAGCCCAAGCCAAAGAAGCACAGCGCCCGGAAGCCGCCGUCCCAGAGGAAAUGGUACACGCCCAUCAAGGGCAAACUGGAUGCACUGUGGGCAUUGGUUCGACGAGGCUAUGAUCAAGUGUCCCUCAUGAGACCCCAGCCAGGAGACCAGGGCAGGUGCAUCAACUUCUCCAGAGUCAAGUCGGAUGGCACGACGACAACCUUCGCCGCCACCCCAAGACCCGUCCCCACCCACGAGUACGUCCCGCUCAACAACGCCCCGAGGGGCCCACCCCCGCCGCCGGCGUCUCUGCAGCCUCCCACCAGGCAGUUACCUCCUGUACCCCCUCCGGCCCGGGUCCCCCCGGGCCCUCCCCCCUCCCGCCCGCCCCCCCAGCCCGCCCUUUAAAAGUGCUGGCCGAACCAAGAUCGACAAAACACGUUUCUUUGCUGAACUCGGCAUAUUUAUUGAGUCUUGGUUUACAGUUGAAAGAUAUUGGAAUUUGUUGCUGGUCAGCAAAAAAAAAAAAAUUGCCAUGUGUCAAUUUACUGUACAAAAUGUAUUUAUACCACACAUGUUGAAUCUGUGUGGUGGAGAAAUCCGGGGAUCUGCCCCUUCGUGUUUGCGGAUUUAUAGAUCUCGCCAGGUGCCCGGAGUAGCCAAUUAGGUGCCCAGUCGAUGUGUCCUCCCAAGCGCUCAGUACAGUGCACCGCGCACAGUAAGCGCUCAAUAAAUACCAUUGACUGAUUGAUCGAUUACCGGUAACUUGUAUAGUUAGCGAGAGUGACCCAGGGCUCUCCCUUAAUUGAGAGAACCCAAAAAAGGCCUUAGGAAUAUAAAGCAGGCCUGCCCCUGAUUCAUAAAGUGGAGCAUACCCCUUCCUUAGUUCCUUUACAAAUAGAAAUCUGGGCUCAUUCUUCACCCUUAUCACACAAGGCCUCUUUCCAUGACCACAUCCAAGAACCCCGAGCAGUAAGCGGGUAAAGCCUAUGACCCUGAAGCUCCGGGUGGAUGAAAUUGAGUGGCUUCUGUUCAAUCAUCAUAACGGAAGAAAGUGAUGAAAAAGUACAAGAAAGAUGGAUUUUACUCCAGUGGGGCCUGGGUGCUGAAUCAUUUUCACUUCAUUUUGUCGAUCCCCCUCAAAAGAGGGUUGUGGAGGGAAGGCUCCUUUCUUUCCUUGAUUUUGGUCCUCCUAAGUUCAUUUCACGUUACUUCUUUAGAGAUCGUUCCCUUGGGAAAUAAUGCGGCUCGAUUGUAGAAUAUGGAACACCAGUAAGUGUGUGAGUGUCUGUGUCUGUGUGUGGGACAGGGUGUGUGUGUUAGGGGUUGUGUGAGAUCGCAAUCCCACACAAGCAGAAUGAGAGUAUCAGACGUGAGGCUCCUCAGUAAUUCAGCAUGGGACCCAGAAUGGGCUAACGUGAAUGAGCUACAGCUAGGAGCCUCUAAUCAAUCAUACUAACUAGUAAAUUAAACUUCCUGCUCUCGUCCAUUAUAUUUAGACCACAUCAGAAGGGGCGUCUGUAGAGCUAGAACAGGUCUAAGUGUGUUUUGUUUUUUCAGUGAGUAUUAUUGGUGUUAGUUGUUGGACUCUAACAGCUAUGGUUUUGCUGAAUUCACGCUGGUAUGGUAUGCAUAUAAUAUAUGUGCACGUAUUAGUGGCAAUAUUGUCUUCCAUCAGACCAACUUUAAAUCUUCCAGUUGCCUUGUUCGUGAGUCAUUAUUUCCAAUGGAAAUCCCCAAUUGCAGUAGAAAUCUUGGUUUUCACAAUGUCCUCCUAGGUCCUUCAGGUCUCCCUUCUCUUCCCCCCACCCCCACUUUACCCCACACUGGCAUCUGGGAAGACCGAAUCGGCUAGGAACCUCAACUCCUGGCUCUGUUUAAUCCAGCACUGGUUCUGAUGCUGCAGUGGGUAUUAAGAACCACUCUACUCCCCGCCACUUCGUAAUGCAUACGUUCAGUCCUCUUUUCGACUUGACAGGUCUGUUUUGAGGAUUGCUCAGAUCCAGAAGAAAUCCUUUACAAACUGCCGUGAUCUCGUGGCCAGGUGGAAAGGUCAAGGAUCUGAGAGUCGAGACCUAAAUUCUAAUCCCAGCUCUAACAGUGGCCUUUGUGGCCUUGGGUGAGUCAUUAAACCUCUCCGAACUUCAGUUUCCUCUUCUGUAAAAUGGUGAUAAGGGACCUAUUCUCCAUCCCUCUAAGAUUGAGAACCUCGUGUGGGCCAGGGACUGUGGCUGCUUUGAUUAUCUUGUAUCUACUGCAGCACAGCCCAGUGCUUGGUACCGAGGGAGCACUUAUCAAAUACCAUAAUAAUAAUAAUUAUUAUUAUUUUCUUAAAGGAAAAGCACUAUGUAGAUGGGAAAACUUCAGAUAAUUAUAAUAGUCCCACAGAUGAGCAGUUCUCUGUCCUGCUCUUUGUAGCAGUCAUCUCCAUCUCCCCAUCAUAAAACCCGGACCUUUCACAGAAUUAGACUCUGUAGCAAGGAAUUUAGCUGGGCUCUAUUUACAAGUCCCAAAUGGUGGAGGACUAGGUUGGAAGAUGGUGGAGGAUUAGUUUAUUGCUUUCUGGGUAGAUGCUUCUUCCUCCUUCCUCUUGACUGGGUCAAAUUCCCAGUGUUCUUUCCCACCCUAGAAUUCCUACUGGGUUUUCUGGGCAUCCCAGGACUUGGUCCUUUCCCUCACAUGAUGUAUUAUGGAGGGUUGGACCCUGGACCCAAACCCUCCAAAAGACACCCAGCAGGUGCAAAUCUCCCUUUCCAGUGCCCUACAGAGGGCCACAUCCGUUGGCUUUGUUCUGCAGACAUCUUUUACUCCCGCGGGUGGGGAGUGAAGAUCAUCUGACUGCUCUGGGCACAGAGUCCAAACAGUGAGGCCCACUUCUGGUUCUGCUAUGUGACCCCAAGUCACUGCAUUUCUUCUCAGUAAACUCCUUGAGGGCUGGGUUCGUAUCUCCUGACUCGGUUGGAUUCCUGUAAGCACUUAAUACAGUGCUCUGUUUAGUAAGUGCUCAAGGAAUACCAUCGGUUUGAUUUUGCCAUCUCUGCCCCCUCUGGAUCAGGAAAAAAAGUCUAAUCAUGGGUUAAGCGUAAGAAUCCAAUCAUGUGGAGAGUAGCAGGUUUUGCCAUGAGACUUUGGGCAGUCGUGUGUUUUCCACCUUGGGAGGAGCCGAGCCCGUGGAUCAGUCUGCUAAUAGUAUCCCAGGCCCAGAAUGUGUGUAACAGCUUUACAAAACACCAUCAUGCCUAAGCCUUUUCUCCUGCUGCCUUCCUAGAAUGUGAUUCAUAACUUUCGUUUUUUGUUUUUCGUUUUUUUGAACCAAAAGCAAAUAUCCUUUCUGUACAUAGAGAGAUUUUUUUUUUUUAACAAAGAGGAACGGCUCAUGUCUGCUUUACUGCUGGUCAGUUAGAGUAAUUUAUUACCAGGGGCUUUGGGGAAAUAUCUACUGGUCACUGACAUAGGAUGCUCACGGAUAGGAUCCACAGUAGCCGAGUCGCAUCUAACGGAUCCUCCUCGGGAGCUUGGGGAGAGGGAUCGGGAAGGGGAUGGGAAUGGUGCUCUGUAGUAUGCUUAGUUUAUAAUCGAUUUAUUAUGAGUAAUGCAUAGAUGUGUCAACUCUGGUAGAACAAUCCAACCUGCCAGAACCAUGUAUUAGUGUUUGGUAAAGAUGGGUAGAACUGAGUCUCCGAGAGUGUUUUGGAAAAAAAAAAACAAAUUUGCUGUGCCAAUACAGUACAGAAAAAAAAAAAGAUGUAGACUCACUUUAAAGGAAAAAAAAUGGCGGGGUGGGGGUGGGAGGAUGAAAUGUCAGUUUUUUAAGAGUUGGAAGGGAUAUGCAUCGUUCGGGGAUUGUCUUUGGUUUGAAAUGCUCAUGUUGUACAAUUUUAUGCAGCUCACCUACUGCUUGCUCAUAGUAAUUGUAUAAUCAUUGCAUAUGACAUAUGCCUGCUGUCCAUUUCUGUGAUAUUUUACAAUGGUGAGACUUACAACUAAAUGUGGAAAAUGUAUCUAAUAUUGAAACAAUGUACGUAUACCAAUUUAAACCCCGCAAUAAAUCUGUUUACCAACCAUUGGGAA